AUGUCGCUCCCUGUAGCUGUCGUUACAGGCGGCUCGUCCGGUAUAGGCGAAGCUCUGGUCAAAAACCUCAUCUCCUUGAGCUGGAGAGUCGUUGUAGGAGACAUGCAACCACCAAAAGAGUCCAACCCCAACAUUUUGUAUGUUCAGACCGACAUAUCAUCCUGGGAGCAGCAAGCGGAGCUGUUUCAAAAGGCCUACGCGUGGGGCAAGCGACUGGACUUCUGUGCACUGAAUGCCGGUGUCGAUGACCGAGACAACAUAUUCAACACUCUCUCAUAUGACCUGAACAAACCACCGCUGCAGCCGAACAUAACAGUUUUCUCCGUCAACAUUAUUGGAACAUACUAUGGUGUCAAGCUUGCGGCACACUACAUGACGGUACCGUCUCUGGAGGCUGGCAAACCUAAGCCUGGCGGCAAGAUCGUGAUCACCGCUUCUGGUGGAGGCAUUUUCCCGCUUCCUGCGAUCCCUCAAUAUACGGCCAGUAAACAUGCACUGGUUGGCCUCGUUCGUGCUCUCGCAAGGAACCCAGCCUCGAUCGCUGCCAAUGUACGCAUUAAUGCCGUCUGCCCUUCAAUUGUCGAUACUCCCGGCCUCCCACGCGGGCUUGUUGAAAAGCUUCCUCCUGACCAAAUCACUCCAAUGAGUACGAUUUUACAGGCCUUUGAUGCUUUGGCCGAACUUGGGAACGCUCAGGACGAGGGCUGGGUCCAGUAUGGGCGCGUUGGCGAGACAGUGGAAGCAAAUGUGCAUGAGUUCAUCUGGCACACACCUCCGCCUCGAGCACAAGGGACGACUAACAAGUUUGUCAGAGAAACUGGGAUCCUGGCAGUCGCGGAGGCUUACAGUGAGAAAGCACUUCAGAGUCACGCCAAAUAA